AUCAGAAUCAACAAUGUUUUAUACAUUCACUACCAUCACACAAUUCAACAGCCGCACAUAAUUAACACUCAAAUCGACUACCAUCAAUCAAAUCAAUCCUUCUUCAGUCAUCUUAUGAACACCAACUUGUACGCCUCUCUUGCUGCUUUAGCAACACCUCUUGAUUCUCUUGAACAAGAUCAAAUCGCUCAGUUGGCUGAAUUUUCAAAGAUGUUUUCUUCUUUCUCAACCACCAACCCCACCAUCAAUUUGUGUUCUGAAAUGAUGGAUACGGGCAAACCUAUCGCCAAUGUCAGCGCGGAUGCCAUCCCUUUUGAUUCCCCUUUGGACCAAUCGUUGGGAUCACCAGCAUCUACUCGUGAUUUCCAGGAAUCACCUUUGCAGGAUUUGGAGUUCGACUUCGCCUCAACGGUAGCCGAUGCUCCCUUGUUCCCCGAUCAUGGUACACAACAACAGCAACAUGGCGAGCUUGCCAGUAUGCCUUUGUUCGGACCAGAAUUCUCCUUCUCUCAACAAUCCGUUACCGGUCCAAUCGUCGGAUUGAAGGAAAGUGUCACUUCAUCCCAAUCUUCGGAGGGCAAUGCCGCUGAUUACUCUUUCGAUGCAAUGGCGCGUAACAUGUUAAGCGACAUGGGCAAUGGUCGCUUGAACAUCCUUUCUGCCUCGCCAAGUACGCAAUCCGACGUUUCGGUCGCUGACUCUGAUUUGGCCGCCAGGUUUAUCCGUGAAUAUGCCCGUUCUCACGCUGUUCGCGAUAUCGACGUUCUCGUGUGUGCUUUGCGCGGAGCUGGCAUUGAUGUGAGCAACGAAGUUGUCGCGGAAAUUUUGGCAACCGCUUCGUUGAAUUCAACCCCAAGUAGCAGUCCAAACGCUAGCCCAAGCCCAAUGAUUCUUCCAGAACCAGUGAAGACCCGCUCUUCCCGUUCUUCUACUUCGAAGACACGAAAGACCCGCUCUUCAGCACAAUCCAACGCAUCCAAGAAUUUUAUUUGCAAGUCAUGCCAUAAGUCCUUCGAUCGAGCCUUCAACUUGCGCACCCACGAAAUUACUCACGUCGCACUUGAGGACCGUGAGAAGCCGUUUGUAUGCCCAUGGAGUGCAUGCACCAAACCUUUCAUGCGCAAGUACGACGCAGAACGUCAUUACACCACCGUUCAUGUCAAGAAAGGUGAAAUCGCUACAUCAAAGCAGAUCAUCAAAGCUUUCUCGGGCGAACACGGUGUCCCCGCACAACGUGCAGUCGCUUCUUUACUCAGCGAUGCCGACAUCACACAGGCAAAUGGCUAAUGUCAUCGUCUGAUGCUUAUCUCUGUUAAAGGAAAACAAAACGUGAGCAGCCAUCCUUUUGUGCAUUACCAAAAACUGCAUACUGACCCUCUAUCACUCUCUUCUCCUCAGUAUCACCACUCUAACUUUGCCUUGCCGGGCUUUGCG